CACUCCUGAACAUCUGUGGGAUCCCGAGAAACUGAGCCAGCAUUUGAGUCAGGGGCAGUGCGGCUUAGACAGAUCAAAGGAGGCACGGCUCAUCUGGGGCUUGGCUUGUGCCUACCGCGCCCUGUAUAGUACUGUUCUGGAGAGAGACAGUUUCCGAGCGGAGGUGCAAGCCGAAGGGGGAAAUCUCCAAGUCAGACCUGAUCAGUCACAGCAGACACCAGUAACAGUGUCAGUAGCCCCUGUAGAAGGCAAGAAAUGGAAGCGGGCGUCCUCGCGUCUAGAGCGAAAAAAGGAAGAAGAAGAAGAAGAGGAAGUGGAAGAGGAGGUAGUAGAGGAAGAUCCAGGUGAGGGGACUUCCUCAGAACCAAGAAAAGCAAAAGCAAAAACUAAGAGGCACAAAGAGGACAGCGAUGAAGAGGAGAUCUCUAUUACUGUUCGUCAACCUCUCAAGAUGUCUGAGAUCCUAAGCUCAAGAAAGGAAUUUGAACGACGCCCGAAUGAAACUGUUGUCACCUGGUUGCUUCGUUGUUGGGAUAGUGGGGCCAGUAGCUUAUCUCUAGAUGGUAAUGAAGCCCGUCAAUUAGGAGACAUUUCCGGAGACAAAUCCAUCGACAGAGCAAUUAGUAGAUGUUUGGAUGAAGCUGCAACCCUCUGGGACCGAAUAUUAAUAGCUGUGAGGGAAAGGUAUCCCUACAAAGAACUUCUGCAGCCUGCAAAGAAAACGUGGAAUACAAUUGAGAAAGGUAUCCAGUAUUUGAGGGAAAUAGCCCUGGUGGAAAUGUUAUAUGAGUCUAACUUUGUUCCUAAUGAUCCACGCCAAAACCAUGAUCCGGAGAGAGUGAGGACAACACCUGAAAUAUGGCAAAAACUUACCAGAGCAGCACCAGACAGAUACGCCCCCACACUAUUAGCCACAUUCCACAGAUACGAGGACCAACAGAGAAGACCCCUAGUCUUCGAAUUGAUUCUUACACUCCAAAACUAUGAGCAACAUCUACCCCCAACCCACGUUUCCAUUUCAGCCGUCACAGAGUUAGCAAACAGACUGGGUGACAUAGAAGAGCAGAUGUCCCUAUUGAUUAGUCGUGAUGAACCCGUAGAACCCGUAAUAGUAUCGGAAACGUUUGACGACGAUCAAGAUAAGCAAAGGGGCCUAAUGAAAGAGCUUAUCAAACUAAUGAAAAUCCAAUUAAUUAAAGAAGAUGGAUCCCCCUCCUCACCUGUAACAUCAAAAAUUUCAGCUAUCGAAGGCAAACGCUUUCCUGCUCGAGUGAGAAACAACAACAGGACGGCUUCGCGUGUUGCCUUGUGGCGUUAUCUCCGUGACCAUGGAGAAGAUAUGAGGAAGUGGCACGAUCAAGAUACUCCCGUACUGCGAGCACGGGUGAGAGAAUUACAGAACAGACCAACCACCAGUGUAGUCGCUCCAGUUACCACAGGUAAUGAAUAGAGGGGCCCUGCCCUCAGUCAGGGGAGGGAGAGGGAUAACAGAGUUUAUUGGACUGUAUGGAUCCGAUGGCCUGGCACAUCAGAACCACAGAAAUAUAAGGCAUUGGUGGAUACCGGUGCACAGUGCACUCUAAUGCCCUCGAAUCAUGAAGGGACAGAAUCAGUCCAUAUUUCUGGAGUGACUGGGGGUUCUCAAGAACUGACUGUGUUGGAGGCCAAAAUAAGCCUCACUGGUAAAGACUGGCAAAAGCACCCUAUUGUGAAUGGCCCAGGGGCUCCAUGCAUACUGGGUAUUGAUUACCUCAGAAGGGGGCAUUUCAAGGAUCCUAAGGGGUAUCGAUGGGCUAAAUUAAGCCUGGGCUAGCGAAAAAGGCUGAAAAAAGCCUCGGCCAAAGAGAUGAGCUGAAAGAAGCUCUAAAACAGGCUAAAAUAAGCCUGGGCCGAAGAGAAGGGCUGAAAGAAGCUGAUGCCAGAGAACAGGCUGAAAGAAGCCCGAGGGAGAAACGAACUGAAGGAGACACUAUCCUGGUAAAAGAAGCGCAAGACUGAGGACUCACCAUCCCCAACCGCAUUGAUUGCCUCUCGCUGGAUGAAGGAACAGGUCCAAGAUGGGUACCAGCACGAUGGGUGCAGCCAGCCAUCUCAGCUCCGGCCCUAACGUGUUCACUGCACUUCCAGCAGUGGUUUGGACACUCACCAUCAAGUCACACCUUGUUUGUCAAGCUGCCUCACCAAGAAAUCAUAAGAACUGGAAUCACUGGGAAUUGAUUAACAUGAACUGUUAUUUGUACUCUAAAGAACCCAUCGUUUAUUCAGUGUGUUAAUUUUAGUUGAGCUACUUUUAGAAUCGUUUCUGAACCACACUUCUUAUUCUAUUAAUAGAAAAGGGGGAGAUGUGGGAUAAAGAAGAUCGCUGUAUUGCUAAUGAGCGGUAAAGCUCAACAAUAACUUGAGCCAGACGUAAACACCCACAAGGCGCCUAGCCCUUACAUGUAACCAGUUUUGAUUGCACGGGAAAACUGUUGUGUUGUGUGGGUAUAAAAGGCUCUAAGCACCUACAAUAAAGAUCCUUUGUUCUGCACC